UCAAUUCCAAAGAAGAAGAGCUGAAACGAAAACAAAACAGCAGCUAUCUGUCACAGUGUGGACUACGGUCUGAUGUUAAUGGAUAUAUUAACACUUUAAACACACAGCUGAGGAUAACCCUGAUAAAAACAAAAAGCUAAUAUGUCUGUAAGACCCUGUAAAGUGUGUAACUACAGCCGGCAGAGGUGUGUAGGGGUGGCAGUGUCCUCUCUGGAUCAGCUGAAGAUAAAGGGCAGUGAAACACUGGAAUUUAAGCCUGAUUCCUCAGUAUCAGUGGUGCUGGAAGAUGAUGGCACUUUUGUGAAAGAUGAGACCUACUUCUUGUGUCUGCCCCCAAACACCAAAUUCAUGUUGUUAUGUACUGGUGAGGUGUGGACCCCUGCUAGAAGAUAUGACGGAGGCACAGCAUGGCUCAGAUCAGAGACUGUCGAGAUGGAGACAGACGCAGUGGACAGUGGGAUGGACAAUGGUGUGGAACCCUGGCGUACGGUAGCAGACAAACUCAAACAGAACCUGGCCAACAUCAUUCUCAUGUCCGAGGCAGACCUACAGAGUCUGGUGGACGUACCUCAUAAAGACCUUGGCUUAGCGCUGGGCUUCACUCCGGAGAAGACCCAGGAUUUGCAGGAUACCUUACAGAGUGUGCUGGACCGGCGGGAGGAGGAGAGGCAGUCCAAAGAGCUACUGCAGCUUUAUCUGAAGGCAGUGGAGAAGGAGGGAGGCCAGGCACUGCAGCAAACAGAUGGAAAAGGUCUGGAUGAAGCGGACGGGGAGGGGGCAGAAUCGGAUUCAGGCUUCUGUUCUGGGACACUGCUUGUUCUGAAGGGCAGAACAAGCCCUGAAACAAGACUCUCUAAUGAGGAACUGCAGAUGGUGGUGAAGGAGGACGUGAAGGUGUUGAUGGACACUCUGGGCUGGGAGAGGGAGAGGACCAUCAGUUUGGUGCAGGCGUGUGAAGAGGAGCUGAAUAAACGUCUACAGCAGGUCCAAGCCCUGCACUCUCUCAGCACACACUCCCAGCAAAGCACAGAGGAAACACAGGCCAAACGGCGCAAAUAGCCCAAACCAUGCAGCUGAAAAUACAAGCCUGAAUUUAAUGACAUGUUUCAGUAUAUCGUUGCGAUCACAUUUAUACCUCAUUCAUAUCAUUUUCUCUUAAGCCAUUUUACUAAUGGUCUUUACAAAGCAAUACAUAUUUAUAGAGUAGAAAUAUGAGGUUUAACAUAUAACUAUUCUUUUGUUGAAAUAGGUCAAUUUUUAAAUCAGCUUUAUUGAGAAAUGGAGCAAUGCCCUAAUAUGGUGUUGAGGGUAAAAAGGUCUCAAAGAUUUAUUACUAGUAUUGAUUGUUGUGAAGUUGGGUGUUUCUAAUUGUCACCCAUUAAAAGAAAAACGCCAAAAGAACGCUACACAUAAAGAAGAUUAGCAGUAAAAGAACAGCGUCUAGACAAUGUUUACAAUAGUAUUGACCCGAUGUAAAUUAUUAUAUAUCAGUCAUGACUGAGAAGACUAAAGCAUGGGUGGGGGGUACUUUCAGAAAACCUUUAACUGGCUGAGCCAUUUUUGAGUUUCUUGACAAUUUCUUUUCUAUUGCAUUGUUUGUAUCGACAUUUUUAUAUAACAAUGUAUAUGGAUGUUUUUUGUAUUUUUAUAUAUUUAGAAAUUAUUUAGCCUGCUUUGAUUAAUUAUUGCACACGUUAUUAUUCUAUUGUGGAUUUGAUGUUUAAUGGCUAUGACCACCCGUCAUUCUAAUGUACAUUUAAUGACCCAUAAUAACUGAUUAGAAAUCACACACUGAAAUUUCUUAUUCAUAAGAAAGUAUGCAGACAGACCCCUUAGUCAGUACUUGGUAAAAGCCUUUUCAGCAGCAAUUACUGCUAAAAGAACUCUUGGAUGUGGCUCUACAGGCUUUGCACACCUGGAUUUGGGGAGUUUAUCCCAUUCUUCAUGGCAGAUCUUUUUCAAGCUCUGUCAGAUUGGAAGUUUCUUCACACAUGUUUGAUGGGGUUUAAAUCUGGGCUUUGGCAGGGCCACUCAAGGACAAUCAAAGACUUGCCAGAAGCCACUCCGCUGCUGUGUAGCUGUAUGCAUCAGGUCAUUGUUAUGUUGCCCCAAGACUAGUGGGAUUGCUACAGGAGGAUUCUAUCAGAUUCUAUCUCUUAUCAUUAUGGGUGAUGGUGUGUAGAAUACAAAAUAGCCUUUUGUCCAUUUAAAAUUAAGUCCACAACAUGAUAAAGUGUACAAUAGUAAAAAAGCCUUAAUGCUUUUUGAAAUUUCUGUAUACAACAAGAAAUAUACUGGUGGGGCUGGAACACUUUUAAAUUUCUACAAUUAAAAACUUUCUGCUGAAUUGAAUUCA